AUGUAUUGGGCAUUAUUAUCUCGUUUAAUUUCUAAUUAUUCAUUAGUGCUUGUCUUUCCGAUAUCGGCGACAGUAGGAUUUAUAGGUUACAAAAUAGAGCAGCUAAUAUCAGAUAGGUACACUCCUGCUUUAAAAAGCGUUAAAGAUGAAAGGGAGGAAAGACUAUUACAAGAAGAUAAAGAUGUUGAAUCAUUAAAAAAACACGCGUUUGUUCCCAAAACAAUUUUUGAAAAAAAUUUGUCUCCCUCUUUGAAAGAACCAGAUCCUAGAUUAGAUAAGUAUAAAAAUGGCUUAAUGUAA